AUGUCCGGUAAAGCACCACACUUCUUGUGGUGUCCGGUGCGCUCUCGACGGCCCUUGAAAAUCCGGGGGGAGACGAUGAUUUUCGCGUCCGGUCGUACUCAUAACCGCAGCAGGUCUCCAAGGUGAGCAGCCUCUGGUCGAUAGAACAAUGUAGGUAAGGGAAGUCGGCAAAAUGGAUCCGUAACUUCGGGAAAAGGAUUGGCUCUAAGCGCCGGGUCUCUCGGGCUGAGACUUGAAGCGGUUGGA